CUAAAAUAAUACUUUUUUAACUAUAAAACCUAAAUAAUUAAUUAAAAUUGGUAAGUAUCUCACAAAAAUUUAGCCAUAAACGCGCGACAAUAACAUUGAUAGGUGAAAACCGCAUGAAGUCCGUGCAGUAGUUUUUGAGAUGAUUGCGAACAUACAUACAGACAGACGCGGCGGGGGACUUUGUUUUAUAAGAUGUAGUGAAAUCUAAAAACGCCAAAUCCAUAUCGUAUCUAGAUCGUGUCAUUUACGACGACGCGCGCCUUCACUCGUAUUGUCGUGUUAUUAAAGAAUAGAUUCGACAAAUCUGCGGGUCAUCGUGGAUGACACGAACUAUAGACCUAAUAUUUGAUAUCUUAAAGUUCGAAUCGGGUCGUAAGACGUUUGAGUUUAUUUUAUUUGUUUUAGUCCUACAACAGAUAAUUUGAAAUAGAGGUGUAUUGUCGAAGAAAACUUUGUAGCCACGUAAAUUUACUGCCAUCUUUCGACAUACGAUUAAAACUUCUAGAACGCCAUUUGACUUUGAUCCUUAUUCUUUUACGGAUACGUGUUAAAUUUGUUAAAUAUCAAAAAGUGGCGCCAUCUUACCGGGCACAACCUAAAGGUUAUGGCGCCAUCGCUCGAAACGAUGCUGCCAUACCUUUGGCCUUUGAUCUAUUAGAUGCGCCACUUUUUGUUAUUAAAAAUAAAUGAACACAUAAAAGUUUUAAUCAUGUGUCGAAAGAUGGCAGUAAAUUUACUGUGGCUACAAAAGUUUCUUUGACAAGUAAUUCACCUUUAUUUUAAAUUAUCUUUUGGUUCAAUAGUUCGUACGUCUCUUCCCCUUAACGGUGGGAACUGGGAAGUAUGUAACAUUGAUAUUAACUUUUAUGUACACAUAAAUGUUUUACGAUUAUUUUGCAAUGUCUGGAAUUAGUUUCAGUAAAAUGAAAGCCGUUGUGUUUAUCGCUGUUGCUAGUAUAAUAGGUAAAUUAAAUGAAUUUACAAAUUUGACAAAAACACAUUAAUUUAAUUAAUGUAUUUUUGUCACUGAAAUAAUAUUUUGAGGUACGAUACUACAGAUGAAUAUACUGAAAAACAUGAUAACAAUAACAUAAGAUUAUAACAUUCCUAUUUUUGCGUUGGAAGUCAAAAAUUAGGGGAAGUGGGGUAAUUGGUAACAGAGAUAUAAAGUAGAUACUUCUAAUUUCGCAACACUAAUUUAAACUUCACAUUUUUAACAUAUUAUUAUUAUUACAUACAAAACGGGAAUUAAUCGCGUAUAAAUAAAAAUUUUAAAUUACCUCCGACGUUUGUCCCGACGAGGGCGGCGUCGUCCCCGUGGUCCCGGACAAGCCCAGUAGCAUUGCCUAUCAGUGACAUCGGUGAGACAGCAAUUUAAUUAUCCGCAUGUGAUAGAGAUAGAAAAUGGCUGGACAUAGUACGAAAAAAUUCGUGCUUAAGGCCUUUCUUUGGUUUCAGUCCUUUACCUUUUUUUCCAAACCAUCUGGGGUGAAUCAUUUUACCAAAAAUAACAAAUAUAUUUUCAGCCAUACAAUACAAUUACAAUACAGCUUCUUUUAGAACAAUUUUAAUAGUUUCCUUCCCGUUUUGUUGCAGUAAACACAGGGAAAGCAGUGAAGUCGAAACAAUUGAAUCUAGCUCUCGAAACAGUCCUUCAAUUUGACAAGAAAGACCGAGCAGCAGACCUAGCCGUCCUAGACAAGGUGCAAGAUUUCCUAGAUCAAAUAAAAAAUGCCAUGCGAACCAGUGGUAGGAGAAGUAGCGGGAACGAUAUAACAUUCACAGAUUUCAUUCUAGAAGCCGCUAAAAUUCUAAAAAGUCUCGAAGACGACGAUCUCGAAGAAGCAUACGUUGUGAUCAAUGAUGAAUCAAGAAGGUAUAUUAACACAGAGGAUGAGCUCAGAAAGCUAUUCGAUAAUAAUGAUAUGAGGAGGUACGUUUCUGAGAAAUUGGAUGAUAACAAGGAUAUGCCAGCUGAUGAAUUACGUAGAUAUAUAGAUGGAGUAAUUGCCCUCAUAGAAUAUAAACGACAAACUGGCGUAAAGAGUGACUUACUUGAAAUUGGGAAUACUUUGUAUGAUGGUGCUAGUGCUAAAUUAAGGAGAGCACUGAGUGAUUUAAAGAAUUUGAGAAGAGGUAAUGAAUAUAACAUAGGGAGCCUGAUAAAAAAUGCACUUCGGUCGCUUGCACUCUUGCAUUAUGUUUCGCUAGGUGAUGAUAUAAAAACUCAACUAGGAAAUAUGGUUAAACAUUAUUGGCGAACAUUUACUGAAAGCUAUGGAUUUAAUGACGCUACUACUACGCGUAGGCCAAAAGUAUGGACAACUACUACGCGUAGGCCAAAAGUAUGGACAACUCACAGAUAUAUAUUUACCACUACAGCACAAACAAAAAAAACAUAUUCGCCGAAAAAAACAGAUUUUUUAAAUUUUGAUAAAAACAAAACUUCUAAAUCACCACAGAUUUUCGGCGAUUUAAUGAAUUGGUUUGGCAUAAAUAAAAAGGAAGAGAAUCCCUUAUUACAAAUGUUUUUUCCGCAGUGGGGCAAAAAUAAAACGCAAUCUAAUCAGAAUUCGUUAGCCUCAAUGUUUUUUUCCAUCGCUGGUUCAAAAUAAACCACAUGCAAGGCACAAGCAACGACAUGACAGAUGGCGUUAUUCACAUAAAGGUAUGCCAAUAAAGCGUCUCCGAGCCAGUAAACAAAAGUCAACUAAACGUGCGUCCGAGUCUACUGAAUCAGAAGAGAAAGUUGUAAUGGGUGGACAAAAGACUCGGGACGUUCAUUUUAGGGCUGAAAUAACAUCUAAAGAGUUCUCUAGAGACAGAGAAGAAGAUGAAACAAGUACAGAAGAGAUAGUAAUACAACAUAGCAAUGUUAUCGAUGUUGGUUUGUCUCGGAAGACACCAGGACGAUUAAACAUAACUUUUGUUUCGCCAGAAAAUUCCAGGAUCAGUGAUGAAAGAAGAGCUAUAAGAAAAAGUAACGUAAACGAUACGUUUGCAGCGGAUACUAGUCCAGGGAAAGGAGAUGAAGUAGACAAAAUGAUUAAACAUAUAGAAGAACAAAUAGAAGCAGUAAAAGAUCAGGUCGAAUACGUAAAAAGUUUAACUCAUCCGAAACGCAUAGGAAAUACAGACGUAUCUAUCUCAAGUAACAGAACUGAAAAUGUUACUGAUGUUAAAGGAAUGGAACCCAAUAGAGCCUUCUCAUUUAGAGCCCAAUAUGAUACAGAUUCGUCUAAUUCUUCUGAAGUAGGAACCAACCAUAAUAAAACAAAUGAAAAUAUUAGUGAAAAUACAUCUACAAACUCCUCUGGCACGCCGAUCGCUAACGAGGAGAAGGAAGCACAUGAAGAGAAUACAUCAGAAUAUUCAAAAAAUAAAACAGUUAACAUUGACAAAUCAAAGAAAAGAGAAUCGGCUGAAGUCAAUGAUACCCAUAAUGGCAACGAAGACAAUCAUAGACAAGACGAGGCAUCUAUGUCACCAAAUGAAAGAGAUAAGGCUGAAGACCGUGAAAAUAAAACAGAAGUAAAUAAUAAAUCUACUGCUACAAAUCUUAUGGCAGGUAUUAGUGCGGAGGAUAAACAUGAUAUAACCGAAUAAAAGCAAAUAUAAUAA